AUGUUACAGAAGGCAUAUGGUGAAUCGACUUUAUCAAAAACACGUGCUUAUGAGUGGUACAAAGCGUUCAAAAAUGGUCGAGAUGUGAUGGAAGAUUUGCCUCGCUCUGGUAGGCCAUCAACAUCUGCAACUGAAGUUAACAUUGCAAAAGUGAAGGAAAUAGUGACUGAAAAUCCUCAUGCAAGUUUGAGAGAGAUGGCCGCCGAUCUUUCUGUAUCUCACGAGUCGAUCCGUACCAUUUUAAGUAAUCAUUUGGGUAUGAAACGUGUUGCCGCCCGGCUAGUCCCAAAAGACCUGAAUUUUCUUCAAAAACUCAAUCGCAUGAGAGUCGCUGAGGACAUGCUAGAACGAGUCAAUACCGACCCAACAUUCAUGAAACGCAUUGGUACUGGUGACGAGACGUGGGUUUACGAGUUUGACAUGCAAACUAGUCAACAAGCUUCGGAAUGGCGUCUUCCAACUGAACCAAAACCAAAAAAAACCACGUCAAAGUCGAUCACAAGUCAAGGUCAUGUUGACUGUUUUCUUUGA